UUGGAGUUUCCCUCUGCCCAACACCACGCCUCGCCCCAGGCAUCUGAAGGCCAUUCCUGGUGGCCUGUUUAAAGGGGGUUGUGGUGAGCCAGGGUCACCCCCUGCUUCCUAUGACUGUGUCAGGGAGACGGACAACCGCUGGGCCUGGGAGAAAGAAGAGACUGGAGGCCAGCGGAUGGAGAGCAGUGGCUGCAGUCCCUUCCCUCUGUGCUGGGCACGAGGAGCCUGCGUCUACUCCUACCCUCCCCCUCUGCCAAAAUAUGACAGACAGUUAGCACCCACCAAAGCCAUGGCAGCGGCUUACCUGGACCCCAACCUGCCCCAUGCCCUGAACCAGGAGGUCAAGCCUCGCUUCAGCGCAGGGAUGGAGCGGACGGCAGGGGCUCUGGAGCGCGUGCUCAAAGUCUUCCACUACUUCGAGAGCAGUAGUGAACCCUGCACAUGGGCCAGCAAUAUCAGACAUGGGGACUCCACCGAUAUCAGGGGCAUUAUACUGAAGAUCUUGGACAUCCAUAAGGUGAGGUGUGUGUCCUGCUUUGGUCUGCGUCUGUGUCACCUGAGGACAGGUGAAGUUCAUUGGCUCCACCCUGACAUGGGUGUGUCUCAUGUGAGGGAGAGGUAUGAGCACAGCCACCCCCAAGAUGACUGGAGACAUGAGCUACGGAUACGAUACUUGCCGAAAGGGUUUUUAAAACGGUUUACUGAGGACCAGCCAACUCUCAAAUACUUUUAUCAUCAGGUAAAAAGUGACUACAUGAUGGAGAUUGCUGAUCAAGUCGAUCAAGACAUAGCACUUAAACUGGGCUGCAUUGAAAUCAGGAGGUUUUUCAGAGACAUGCGUGGUAACGCCUUGGAUACAAAAUCAAAUUAUGAGUUGUUGGAGAAGGAUGUUGGUCUGCGGAGAUUCUUUCCAAAGAGUUUAUUAGACUCCGUUAAGGCUAAAUCCCUGCGGAAAUUAAUCCAGCAUACGUUUAAACAAUUUGCCAAUUUGAAUGAUGAACAGUGCAUUCUCAAGUUCUUUGAGAUCCUAUCACCCAUAUACAGAUUCGAUAAGGAGUGUUUUAAAUGCGCUCUUGGGUCGAGCUGGGUGAUAGCAGUGGAGUUGGCCAUCGGACCAGAGGAGGGAAUCAGUUACUUGACGGACAAAGGCUCAAACCCCACACAUCUGGCGAACUUCACACAAGUGCAGAGUAUCCAGUAUGAGGAGCGAGAGAGGAAGGGAAUGCUACAGUUAGAUGUGGCAGGAGCACCUGAGCCUCUGACGGUAACAACUACAACUCUGAACACGGCUGAGAACAUGGCCGAUCUCAUCGACGGUUACUGCAGACUUUUGAGCGGAACUUCCUCAUCAUUUAUUGUCCGUGUACAGAAAGAAGGCGAGAGGGCUCUUCCAUCAAUCCCAAAGGCUCCAAAAUCAGUAAACCAUGAGAAACGCUUACAAGGAGUUCGAGCCAAAGCCAUCUCUAUUUCAGAUGAUAUUGGUGAUGAAACAGAUGACUACGCCGAGAUCAUAGAUGAAGAGGACACAUACACCAUGCCUUCCAAAUAUUAUGGACUAGAUGAAGCCAGGGACUAUGAGAUCCAGAGAGACAGAAUUGAACUGGGCCGCUGCAUAGGAGAGGGGCAGUUUGGAGACGUCCACCAAGGGAUUUACAUAUGUCCGGAGAACCCACCACUUUCUGUGGCUAUAAAGACGUGCAAGAACUGCACAUCGGACAGCGUUCGAGAGAAAUUCCUCCAGGAAGCCCUAACCAUGCGUCAGUUUGAUCAUCCACACAUCAUAAAAUUGAUCGGCGUAAUUACAGAAAACCCUGUGUGGAUCAUCAUGGAGCUGUGCACGUUGGGAGAGUUGCGUUCCUUUCUUCAGAUUAGGAAGUACAGUCUGGAUUUAGCAUCACUCAUCCUGUUUUCUUACCAGCUCAGCACAGCACUUGCAUACCUGGAGAGCAAACGGUUUGUGCAUAGGGACAUUGCUGCACGGAAUGUUCUUGUGUCUUCAGUGGACUGUGUGAAGCUGGGAGAUUUUGGUUUGUCUAGAUACAUGGAGGACAGCUCUUAUUAUAAAGCCUCAAAAGGAAAACUACCUAUUAAAUGGAUGGCGCCAGAAUCCAUAAACUUUAGACGUUUUACCUCAGCCAGUGAUGUGUGGAUGUUUGGAGUUUGUAUGUGGGAGAUCCUGAUAUAUGGAGUAAAGCCUUUUCAGGGUGUAAAAAAUAACGAUGUGAUUGGACGAAUUGAGAAUGGUGAGCGUCUGGCUAUGCCGCCCAACUGCCCGCCGACCCUCUACAGCCUGAUGACCAAAUGCUGGGCGUACGACCCCAGCAAACGACCACGAUUUACGGAGCUCAAAGGCCAGCUAAGUACUAUCCUUGCGGAGGAAAAGGCUCAACAGGAGGAACGUAGCCGUAUGGAGAUGAGGAGACAGGUCCCCGUGUCCUGGGACUCCGGAGGCUCGGAUGAGGCACCACCCAAACUGUGGUCAGUCAACUCUCUCUAUGAAUGGGUAUAUAAGCCUAGCCGACCUGGUUAUCCAAGUCCUCGUUCCAGCGAAGGAUUUUACCCCAGUCCUCAGCAAAUGGGCCAGCACAAUCAUUAUCAGAUGGCAGGGAACUCUGGACCACACGGCUUGCUUUCUGUGCCUGGUGAGAUGUACCCUCCUCAGGCAGCAGGGAUGGGACUUGAUUCCCACGACAGCUGGAACCAUCGUAGAGCUCCUCAGGAUCUCAUGUGGAACCACAGCAUGGAGCUGAUGGAAGAGCAGUUGUUACUGCAGCAGCAGCAGAUAGAGGAUGAUCAACGCUGGUUGGAGCAGGAGGAGAGACUACUGAAGCCUGAUGGCAGAAGUUCCAGAGGCAGCACUGACCGUGAAGAUGGAAGUCUUCAGGGACCAAUUGGAAACAUCUAUCAACCUAUAGGAAAAGCAGAGCAUGCAGCACCUCCUAAAAAGCCACCUCGGCCUGGAGCUCCCAGCCACCCCACUGGAGUGUCUGGUCUUAACCCAACAGAUAGCUACAAUGAAGGCGUGAAGAUUCAGCCUCAGGAGAUCAACCCUCCCCCAACAGCUAACUUGGAUCGGUCCAAUGAUAAAGUCUAUGAAAAUGUGACAGGGCUGGUGAAGGCUGUGAUUGAGAUGUCCAGUAAAAUCCAGCCAGCUCCUCCAGAGGAAUAUGUGCCCAUGGUGAAGGAAGUGGGAUUAGCACUGAGAACACUGCUGGCAACUGUGGAUGAGACCAUACCCUUACUGCCAGCUCACACACACAGAGAGAUCGAAAUGGCUCAGAAGCUUCUAAAUUCUGACUUGGCCGAGCUGAUAAAUAAGAUGAAGUUAGCUCAGCAGUAUGUCAUGACCAGCCUGCAACAGGACUAUAAGAAACAGAUGCUAACAGCUGCACAUGCUCUUGCCGUGGAUGCCAAGAACCUGCUGGACGUGAUCGACCAGGCCAGGCUGAAGAUGUUGUGCCAGGCACGGCUGCAUUAGCCCUUGGCUUAGGGUGGUUUAGAAAAGAGGCAAGAGGAAACCAACGCACAUUACGGCAGCACAGCAGACUGACGCCCCAGAAACACACCAGCACAUACUUAUAUAUUCAUGGGCUCCUUUCACUCACUGACUCAAGCUACAUUGCAGAACACGGGUGCCUGUGAAGAGGGCUCUGGAUUUAUUUAAUGGAUGAGCCUGACUGGACUCAUCAAGACUGAACAAGUAAUUACUGGAUCGCUUCCAGAGCAGUCUGGUCCCUUCAGUGAAGCGUUUGUGGGACUGGGAGAUCUGCUUUAAGUGGAUCCGUGACUCGAAGCCGAGAAGGAGAUCUAGGAAUCUGGGGCUGCUCUGAGCUUUAAAAGUCUCUGGAGGAAAAGAGACACUCUUACACUGUAUCUUAAAUGUCUGUUUCAUUGACAAGCCCGAGCUCCACAAAUCACUCGGUCGGAUUCUGGUUGUAGAAUCAUAAAAGUUGAGCUGUAUUUCUAAGACUCUAAGAGUCUGGAUUUGCAAAAUAUGAGUUCGAUGAGACUUGUUUUGCUUUGCAGACUCCACACACUUCUCUCUAGGACUGAGAAGGAGAGUGUUAAAUAUUUUGCACUUGUGCCACCUAGAGGUAAAAUAAAGCUAUUACUGAAUUAAAAUAAA